GCAGAGAGACUUGAAGUUAAAAAAAGGCAACAAGAAAUGCAAAGAAGAGAGGUGUUCCUUGAAGAUCAAUAUCACAAAACCAAUGAAUUAUUGAACAGAUUGGACUUGGGUUUGCCAAGGAGUGAUUCCUGUCGGACUGCUAGUCGUGGCCCAGAAUCUACAGCAUGGAUGAGAAGCCAUACUUAUAAGCAAGCUCUUCGAGAGGAUGAAAACAGAAGAUUAGAGGAAAUGAAGCAAGAACAACGGAGGAAGGCUGAAUUAAUGGAAUUUAAACAAAAGCAGGAAGAAGAAGCCAGGACAAGAGCACAUCAAAACAAACAGAGCAGGGUAAAUAAUGCUUUCCUGGACCGACUGUGGAAAAAAAAGCAACCUAAUAGCAUCUGCCAGCCUGGAUAUUCUGAGAGUCUGGACUGCCUCAGAAGUGAUGCCUGC